CGUCCAUCGAAGAAGAAGCAGCAGUCGCUACGCCUUUACACGGCUCGUCCUCGUGCUGCGAAAUCUCAGCUCGGUGUGCCGCAUAGUAAUCUAAGUGGUAACAAUGUCAGUGCAUUAUAAAUUUAAAUCCACCCUGGACUAUGACACCGUGUCGUUUGAUGGACUGCAUAUUUCCGUAGCAGAUUUAAAGAAAGCUAUUUUUCAUCAGAAACGCAUCGGCAAGAAUACCGACUUUGAUCUGCAGAUUACCAAUGCACAAACGAAAGAAGAUUACACCGAUGAUAAUGCAUUGAUCGCCAAGAACACUAGCCUUAUUGUUGCUAGAGUUCCACUCACGGUACAACAAAAGCGUUCUUGGGACCGAAAUGAAACCCCUUCAUUUAAUAACUUAAAGGACGAGACUAACUUGGGUAGAGCCGUCGAUCUCACGAGAUUGGAUGGCUCCGAGGAGGAUAAAAUCCGCGCGAUGAUGACACAGUCGACUCAAGAUUACGAUCCGUCUAACUAUAUGAAAAUUCGUGGAGCAAACCAGACUGGUGACGUGCCUGCCAACUAUCGUUGUUACAAGUGCCAUCAACCUGGACAUUGGAUAAAAAACUGCCCAUUAGGUACGAAUCAAGAACCGAUCGAGAUUAAGAAGAGUACAGGCAUUCCCCGUAGUUUCAUGGUGCCAGUUGAAGGUCCUCUGGUACCUGGCGCUAUGAUGACACCUACAGGACACUACGCUGUUCCUGCUAUCGAUCAUCAAGCUUACAAGGAAGGCAAGAAGGAACGACCGCCGUUUUCUCAGGAUCCAGAGCCCGUAGUGGAGAAACCGGAGAUACCGGAGGAUCUGCUAUGCAAUAUCUGCAAGGAUCUCCUGACGGACGCGGUGAUGAUCCCGUGUUGCGGAAAUUCCUUUUGCGACGAAUGUAUUCGCACAUUUUUACUAGAGUCUGAGGAACACGAGUGUCCGGAUUGUAACGAGAAAGACGUGUCGCCGGAGACUCUUAUUCCGAAUCGAUUCCUCCGUAACGCAGUUAUGAAUUUCAAAAAUGAGACCGGCUACGCCAAGAGACAAACGUAUCGGCCUCCUCCUCCUGCGCAGAAUACUGGACAGCAGCCGGUGGCUGUGCCACCGAUCGAACCACCGAAGGUUGAAGCGCAGCAAACCACUAGUCAAGCUUCUCCUCAAACUACGCAAUCGUCCUCCGUUCCUAGCGCACCGUCUCAAGAAUCGGCAGAACCGCCGCAACCCGUCAAUCCCGAAUCAACAACCUCGCAACAGAUUCCGGCCACCUCUAGCAGUUUGCAACCACAGACGCCGAGCACUCUGCCUGAACCCACCACAGAGUCACACUUACAAAGUGAUUCGGUAACAAAACUAACAACUGAUGAAGAAACUGAGGUGCCUCCUCCUCCAGGGACAGAGCCUUUACUUCCGAUCCCCGCUAUUGUAAGCUCGCCUGAGAGAGAGCAAGAACGGAACCAGGAGCCACCGUGUCGUGAGAAGAAGGAACGGGACAAUGACUAUGCAGGAGAACGACAAUCCAGAGAACGUCGACGGAGCUUCAGUAGAGACAGUCACCGUGAAAGAAGCGGAGAGCGUGGCCGUCGAAUCGAGAACCUAAGACCACUGAGUCGCAGGCGAUCCCUGUCGCCCCGGCAUUCCCAGCACAGCGAUUAUCCAUCCUCGAGCGGGGGGGUGCCGCCUCACUUAAUGAACCCACCUCCUUCCAAAGGUUAUCAAGGUCACCUGGGGGAUGAUGGACAUUACCCGCCUGCUAUGCAUUAUGACAGUGGUAUACGCAGAUCCAACGAGGAUCGUCCUGGUACUCCGACGGUCGACGAGCCCCACCUGCACGUCCCUUCGUCCGGCAACCAGCCGCCGUUGUUACCGUUCCCGCCGGGCGAGGAGCGUAUCCCACCGCCGAAUUACAAUCAGCCGCCGCCGAACGUGCCGCCGCACAAUCCCCCGCUGUUGCCUGAUCCGUACAUGAGUCAUCGGAUACCGAUAUAUCCGCAUCAGCAGGGCUCACAUUACGGACCACCGAGAUACGACAGGCCACCUUAUCAGCAGCAGGGCUACCGGCCGUCUCAGCCGCCUCGAAAUUACAAUGGGCCGCCGAGGCCGAUCAGAGGAUUACAUCACAUGGGAUACAGAGGUUUGCAACCACCUCCGCCAGGGCUGGGUAGAAACAUACACAACGGAAAUCCGCCUGGUAUCAUCGAUGACCCGUUGGAGGCUUUCGAGCGUAUGCUCCGAGAGAAGGACGAAAGAGACAGACGUCUUGGGAAGCACCGACGAAGAAGCAGAACACGAUCUAGAUCCCGCAGCUACAGCAGGUCAAGAUCGCGCUCGUUCGGUCGUCGUUCGCCUUUCGCUUCCCGCAUCAGUCGAUCACGCAGCCCGCCGUCAAAGCGUCGCUCGUCCAGAUCGCCGUUACCGCUCAGACCUCGUAGUCGUACACCGAAACGUAGGUCGAAUAACAGGUCGAGAAGCGGCAGUUUCUCCAUCAGCAGAUCCAGAUCGUACUCCCGCAGUCAGUCGCCGAGGCUAUCCCCGUCGAGAGACCGAGAUCGCGAGAGAGACCGGGAUCGGGAGCGAGACAGAGAAAGAGACCGAGAGCGCGAUCGUGAUCGUGAUCGCGAUCGCGAUCGCGACAGGGAUCGCGAGCGAGAUCGAGACCGCGAUUUACUGCCUAGAUAUCGAUCGCCAGUGAGAUCACCUCCGAGAUUCCAAAGAGAAAGGGAUCGCGAGAGAGAACGACCGAGAUCCCGCGAGCCCCGGGACGGAUACAACACUUAUUACAGCGACUCGCCGGCUCACGAUUAUCAGUUCAGAGAUCGCGAGCGCGAUUUGCCACCUCGGGAGAGGCCGUUGCCGAGAUAUCCCAUAAGGAACCAGUCGUCCCAGCAUAACAUACCGCCGUUGAUGCCGCAUCUAGUCACUGGAGGUCACCCACCACCGCCGCUUAUGUCAUUGGGACCUCCGCCUACGGACAGGAAAGACUAUUAUGAUUCCUACAACAGGUAUUCCGGUCCGCCGCCCCCGCCGCCGCCGCCGCCGUCGUCGUCGUCGUCGCAGCGUUUCGCCAGUCCUUUGAGGGAUCCUCCGCCUCACAAACGAUUCGACGACGUCGCACCACCCGGCACCGAAGGCUACUACGACCUCUCGCCACCGGGUGUCGAGCACUCCGACAGGGUCCUGAGGGAUGAUCGCGAGCGGCAGCGCUCGCUCAGGGAACAGGAGGACCGGGAACACUCAUCGAAGGAUCGCGACAACGAGGAGCGAGAUAGAUUGCCUUUGAGGGAUGAUAGGGGUCGUGAUCGUGAGGAUCGUAUGCGGGAGAGAGACGAGAGGGACCGCAGGAUCGCACCUAGAGAUCGCGAGGAUCGCGACAGGCCGGCUGUACCGAGAGAUCACGAGGACAGGAUACGGGAGAAGGACGAGCGCGACAGGAGAGAGAAGGAGAAGGAACGGGACGACAGGCAUGUUCGCGAUCGCCGAGAUGACGACCGACACGUCGAGAAGAAGGACUACGACAAGGAUCGUUACAGAGACGACCGAGACCGGCACAGGCAGGACGACAAGGGUCGACCGCGCGAGAAGGAGAGGCGCGAGCGCGAGUACGAGUCCGAGAAGGAUCGCGACCGGCACGAGCGAUACGAGAGACGCUCGGCGGAGAGGAAGAAGGGCGGCAGGAAGAGCCUGACCCCGUACUCGCAGAAGUCCCGGGGCGACGCCAAGGACCUGUCGCCGGAACGCGCGAAGAAGAAGGAGAAGGAUCACGAGGAGAAGGCGGAGGAGAAAAAGAAGGAAAAGAAAAUCAAGGAAAAGAAGAAGAAGAAGGACAGCGAGGAGAAGGAAAAGAAGAAGAAGAAGAAGAAGGAGAAGAAGUCGAGCCAGAAGGAGACCGUGGCCAAGGACGAGUCGAUGAAAGCGAUGGAGGUCGAGGACGCCCUGGCCGAGAUAAAGACGGCGGACGACAUGUCCUCCUCGCCGCUCAAGGCGGACUCGACGAAAACCUGUAACGAGGAGGACAACAUCGAGAGCAGGAUGGAGUGCAUGCACAGCGAGCCGACGUCGCUCGUGCCGCUGAUCAAGGAGGAGUUCGAGGACAAAUCCUUGGCGAUGAAUCCGGAGCCGCCGGAAUUCCAGGAGGCCAGUCCAGGUAGGAUCGAUCACACGGAAUUCGGCACGAAUCCACCGAAUCCGAACUUCAAGCCGAUCCCGGAGCUCAAGUCCGACAUGAAGCCGAUCGACAGCCUUUACGGCGGACUGGACGACACGGAGAUCAACACCGUGAUCACGGAGAAGUACUCCCUGAUGUCGUCGGAGCACGAGGCCGACUCGAAGGAGAUGGCGCCGACGGACAAGUCCCCGAAAAAGGACGAGUUCCUGGCGCCCAUACCGGAACUGUCCAAGUGGGAGCGCGACGAUACGGCCGAGAAGCCCGAGGACGACGAGAACGACGAUGCGCAGGGCUCGCCUACGGAGAAGAUGCAGACGGACGAGCCGAAGUCGGGGAAGGUCACGUCGGAGGUGCUGAAGCGCGCGGAGAACGCGAUAUUCCAGAAGGCGAUCAACGCGAUCCGGCCGAUCGAGAUCAAGAAGAUCAGCGAGAGCCGGAAGAUACUGUAUCAGAACCCCGAGCCCAAGGUGUUGGAGGUGGUGGAGCCGGCGGCGGCCGGUGGUGGCGGCGGUAAUCGGGAGCCGCGUAAGAGCGUGAACGUGACGAUCAACGUCGGCAGGAACGAGAGGAACGUCGAGAUCACCGAGCCCAUGAAGAAGGCCAAGCUCGACCGCACGAAAUUCAAGCCCGUCCCGGAGACGUACUCGCCGACCAGACUGUCCGCGAAGGAGCGCCUCGGCGAGAAGAUCGAGGACAGCAAGGAGAGGAAAGUAAGCCCGAUGAAGAGCUUCCUGGAGAGGCGCGACUCGAAGAGCGACAAUCAAUCGAGAAGCCGAUCCCCCAGGCGGGAGAAGAGGCUAUCCUCGCCGAUGCUGGAGCGACGUGUGGAUCCUUCGUCGUUGAGCCUGACCGCUGGCGAGCGGAAGGUGUUCCUGGAGGACAGGAAGCGUGACAAGGAUAGAAGCAGCGACCGUUCCAAGGACAGGUCCGAAUUCCGUGACCGGCAUGAGUUGAGACCCGAGCGGGAGGGUAGAGUCGAUUGCAGGACGGACUUCCGGUCCAGCAGAAGCGAUAUGAAGGGGGACGGCCGCGCGGACAAGGAGCGCGAGAAGGAGCGCGAACGGAGAGGCAGAACGCCCCCCGCUUCUUCCGGCGGCCUGUUCAAGUCGCGAACGGCGGAAAUGUCGAAGAUGUGUUUGCUGAAGACCAAGGACGACUCGGAGGAGCGAAGGCGCGACAAGAAGGGGGCGCGGGAGGAGAAGAAGCGGAAGAAGGAGCACCGUAGUCGGAGCAAGUCCAAGGAGCAUAAGAAGCGCAAGGAGAAGAAACACAAGAAGGACAAGGAGAAGAAUCAGGAGAAGAAGCAGAAGCACAAGGACGGCGCGGCGGUGGCGGCAUUGAAAGACAAGUCGGACGGCAUCGAGGCCAAGAUUACCGGCUACGAGAGCACUGAGCAGCCGAUGACGACGGAGUCGUUGAAGAAGCAACGGAAGAACCCCCGACUGGUGUCCGAUCGGAAGCGCAGUAUAUUGGACGAAGCGAGCUUCGAGCCCGAUUAUUCCGCCUCCGACUCGGAAACGGACGGCGAGGACAAGACGUUGCUACCGUCGAAGAAGCUUAAGCUCGACGAGCCGGACCUGGACAAGGAGAUGGAGCUGAAGUCGCUGAAAAAGCGCUCCAAGUCGAGCAGCAGCGAGGACACGUCCAGCAGCUCCGACAGCACAAGCUCCGACUCGGACAGCUCCGACGAGUCGCACAGGAAGAAGAAGAAGAAGCAUAAGAAGCACAAGAAGAAGAAGUCCGCUAAGAAGGACAGCAGCUCAGACUCGGACAGUUACUCGGACUCGUCCGAUAGCAGCAGCGACGAGGAGAGGCACAAGAAGAAGUCGAAGAAAUCGAAGAGCAGAAGCAAGCAGUCGAAGAAGAAGAAAAAGUCCAAGCAUAAAUGACAUCAUUAGAUGUGCCUGACGCCGCUAGCAGAACCCAUGCCGGAGGGCAGGAGAAAGAGAAGACGUGGCAGAACGCUUUCCUUCAAACGCUUUCAAUCAAUGACACACACACACACACACACACACACACACACACACACACACACACACACACACACACACACACACACA